AUGGCAACGCACAGUAGCUCGCCAGAUACUUCUGUAUAUGACAAGGUCACCGAAGCCAAACAUGUCGACGAGGCUCUUUCCGAUAACUCCAAGGAGGCUCUGGACUACGAUCCCGAGUACACACCUGCGGAACAAAAGAAGAUUAUCCAUCGUGUCGAUAUGAGAUUGAUCAGUACCUGUGGUAUAUUGUACUGCAUUUCCCUCAUGGAUAGAACCAACCUAUCUGCUGCCGCCAUUGCUGGAAUGAACGUCGAGCUUCGUCUCAACGUAGGCUUCCGCUAUUCGACCAUUGCGCUCGUGUUCUUUAUCACGUACGUUCUCUUCCAACCGCCGAUGACUGUCCUGUGCCGAAAGAUUGGGCCAAGGCCUUUCCUCGCCGGUAUCUGCUUCGCCUGGGGAGGUGUGAUGAUCGGAUUUGGAUUUCCAACCCAGUGGACAUCGAUGAUACCUCUAAGACUAAUCCUAGGCGUUCUGGAAGCCGGUUUCUUCCCAGGAUGUGUGUAUUUGAUUUCCACUUGGUAUGUCCGAUACGACUUGCAGAAACGCUACAGCGUCUUCUAUCUCAUCGGAUGUCUGGCCUCCGCAUGUGCAGGCAUACUAGCAUUCGGACUCAUGCAGAUGGAUGGUAUCAACGGUUAUCGCGGCUGGCGAUGGAUCUUUAUCAUGGAAGGAAUCUUGACAUGUGUCCUAGGAGCAGGUGGUUACUUUCUUCUUGUUGACUUCCCCGAUCGAGCGCACAGAACGGCUUUGUGGUUCCUGAACGAGAAGGAGUGUGCCUUCAUCUUGCGAAGGAUCAACAAGGAUCGGGACGAUGCGGCAGUUGAAUCCUUCAAUUUUAAGAAGUGGGUGUCAAACGGUCUCGAUCUUAAGAUUUGGGGAUUCGCAAUGAUCUUUUUCUGUCUGACAACUGUUUCGUAUGCGAUUGCAUAUUUCUUGCCGAUAAUUCUUCGAAAUGGAAUGGGCUUCUCGGUUGGUGCUUCACAAUGCCUUGUGGCGCCUCCUUAUGCAUUUGCUGGCAUUGUGAUGUUUGGUACAGCAUGGCUAGCCGACAAGUACAGAGUCCGUGGCCCGAUCUUGAUCGGCAACGCAGUUCUUGGCCUAAUAGGUCUGCCUAUGAUGGGAUAUGCUUCGUCCAGCGGCGUUCGCUAUCUUGGCGUUUUCUUCGUGACCGCAAGUGCGAACGCGAAUAUUCCAGCUUGUAUGGCUUACCAGGCCAACAACAUCCGAGGGCAGUGGAAGAGAGCCUUCUGUUCCGCCACUCUGGUUGGAUUCGGUGGCAUCGGAGGUAUUUCUGGUUCAUUAGUGUUCCGAUCACAAGAUGCACCUACUUACAGACCUGGUAUCUUUGCAGCCAUCGCUUGCAACUUGCUCAUCAUCGUGAUUGUCAUUUGUAACACCAUUUACUUUAGGGCGGCAAACAAAAAAGUGGACAGAGGUGAGAAGGUGCUUGAGGGAUUGCCUGGAUUCAAGUACACGAUCUAG